AUGUCUAGUAACCUUUUCAGGUCGCUGUUUAAUAGUUUAUCCUUACAUAAAUGCAGUUCAACCUCGACAUUAUCACGGAGCUUACAUACAGGAACAGUUUAUUAUGCAGCACGAAAGGGCACAAGAGCCAAGGCUCGUGCCAAAAAAGUGAAGGUUGAAAUUACAAAAGUUGGAUUCAUACCACAUAAUCAAAGAGGAAAGGACAAAGCAGCGAAAAUCCUAAUAAAUAAACAUCUGGAUGAUUCAUUCAAAGCCAUAUCAUCAGACAAUGUCUUUCCCAUGAGAUAUUAUCGUUGGCCUGUUUAUACAGCUGAGGAAGCCAUUAAAGCUCAUCAAGAAACACACCAUCCAACUAUGUAUAAUGACACUGAUGGUUUAGUAUUUGCUAAAGUGGAAAUGAAUAUGGAAGCUGUUAAAAAGAACCGUUUUAUGGAGAAUUUUACAAGACUAACUCUAUUGCCUCACUACUUUCCGCGUGAUGAAGAACGCACAAUUUUGGCCUUUUGUAAAGGACCAGAACUUAUCAAACAGGUUGCUGAAGCUGGUGCAAGUAUGGUAGGAAGUACGGAACUUAUCAAAAAAAUUCAGGAUGGAACAAUCAAACUUGGUGACUAUGAUUAUGUUAUUGCUCACCCAAAUAUCAUCACAGAUUUGGUGCCUAUCCGAGGUCUUAUGAAAAAGAGGUUUCCUAAUGUCAAAUCGGGCACAUUAGAUUCUGAUAUUAGUAAUUUAGUAAAGAAAUUUGCUGCUGGUAUUCAAUACAGAGUUGUCAAAGAUGAAAAUCAGCAAAACUAUGGCUCAGUGGAAGUACCAGUUGGUCGGUUAAAUAUGGAUGCAAAAAGUGUUGCUGAAAACAUAGAAUUUUUGCUGAAGGAUAUUCAAACUGUUCGACCUAAAAGAGAUGGCCUUUUUAUUACAAGGUGUUUGAUAGUAAGCCCACCUUCAACGGAGAACUUAAAAAUAGAUCCAUUUGUGCAUGUUGACCGCACAUUGUCUAAAGAAGUACAGGAGGACAGUGAUGAUGAAAAUGAAGCUGUGGCUGCUACAAAUUAA